UCACUUAAAGAAUGUAGAAACUAUCAAUGGCUCAACGACGCAACAAGAGCACAGGGAAACAACAGGGCGCCUUUCAGAUGUGAUAAUGUACUAAAAACCAAAUGGUACAGAUUAACAGGAAGAUCAGGAAACCAGAUGCCCUCCUCAUGUGUCCCACGUAACCGCUGUGGAACCCAUGCACCAGGUUGGAUUUCAGGACGUCAUCCUUCCGCUGGUCAAAUCAGCACUAUCAAAGUUUGUUUUCACUGGUAUAGGAUGGUCGGUCGUAGUAGGCGUGAUGAUUGCUGUCGCUGGCAGACUUUCAUCCGUGUCCGCAACUGUGGUGGAUUCUUCGUCUACGAAUUCAAGAAGCCACCCGCUUGCCAUUUGCGUUACUGUGGAAAUUCAGGUUAGGAAUAAAGGAUAAAAUAAUGGAUUACAUAAAAAGAUUAUUAAUUGAAAGCUUUAAAAUUGUUUGUUUGUUUUCUUGCCUUCAGUUUAUUCUAGGUUCUUAUGUUCAGGGAGGGGUUUUUCCUGCAUUUCUAUAAUUUAACACUUAAGGUGAUUUCCUGGUUUUGCACUGCGCAUCUCUUACUGCGCAUAACAAGAUGGCCGCCGUAAAAAAGAGCAUGUGAAGUGACAUUAUUAAAAUGAAGUUGACUGAAGAGAAAUGCUAUUGGAAUUUUUGCUUGCUGUUGUUUCUUGCCGAGGUGAGACUCAAUGUGUUGGGAAAUGUGCAUAACGUAAGCAGUACGCGAGUUGCUGAGUUCGACUUCCUCUCGGAGAACCUCGAUAGUAGAUGUUACUCACUUUGAUUUUCAUUUAAACGCUUUCUUUAUCAAAUUGUGUCCUAAAUGUGAUAUCUCGAUGUAAAUUCUGUAAAAACGGAUUUUUUAAUGCUUUCUUCUCCCUUUCACAUACAUUCUAUUGACACUCGCCCUAGUCAUCUCUCAAAAAUCGGGGAAAAUGCAUUUGGUGCGCACUUUCUGCAGCUCUACCGCAAAAACGAGUACGGUGACCCCCACUUUUUAUUUCAUGAUUUUAAUAAGGACAGUGCUUCCUUUCGAUGAGAAAAAAAUUGGCACAAAUCUAUGUUCAAUUUUUUGGCAAUUUUACUAAAUUGUACGGAUUGAGCUAUCACGGGUCGAAUAGCGCGUGUCCAAUUUAAUUCUACUUUGUAGCGUAAAGUGAAAACAAGGGCAUUAAAAGGCAUUUUUCUGGUACGUAAUUGGAUAAACAAUACAUUAAAGUCAAAUUCUGUGUGAUACCACAUUCAUUAUUGAAAAAAACUCUCCUUUUUGUCUAGUUUUGGGCUGCCCGCGGUUUUUGUAAAAGGGUCCUAAAUAGCCGUAUUUGUCAGCAUUGUGACGUCAAAACGAGCACGGUGACCCCCACUUUUUAUUACUUUUUUUUUAUCUUCUUGACUUGUUACAUCAGUGUAGCAAGUUUCAUCUACAAUCUAUGUUACGUUCUGUUACUAGGGAAUCACCUUAACAGGAGGUUCAAACGCUUAGGAGAAAUCACUUGAACUACAACUUUAAGUUCAAUGAUCAAACAUAUGAGACCAAAAAAGGUGGUAUAAAUAACCUAAAUUUUAACGUAUGCAGUUCAGCCCAGUGACACCGUUUAUUUUAACGCCAGAUUUUAGCAGUUCUGGCGUUUUUCCACCUGACCCCUUGAGAAUUAGAUUCCACAAAAGCUCAUCUUAACACAUAUUUUUUCUUACUUGUUUUUUUCUUUUACAGCUGCCGCACCGCUCCCACCACCAGGUAAUACUUUCACUCUUAUUAACGAUAUCAGUUAAACAAAUAAAUAAAUUAAUUAAUUAAUUAAGUAAUGAUAACCGAUGUAGAAGAAGCCCAUUUACAUAGUGUUUCUUUGUCAACCUGAUUCUUGGUGGAAUUAGAAUUUGGAAAUGUUGGGUUUAGGGGAGAGGAGAAAACCUUAGCACCUGGAGAAAAACCUCUUGGAACAAGGGAGAGAACCAACAAUAAAGUCAACCCACGUAUGUCGUCGACGCCUGGAUUUAGUUCCGAGCUAUACAUCACAAGGUGGGAGGCAUGCAAGUGCUCUCAACACUUCGCCAUCCCUGCUCACCGAACAAGGGGAAUGAAUGUGGUCUAUAGACGACUUUUUUCCCUUUAGUUUAUACUAAAAAAAUAGGUUCUUUAUGUCUGCAGAGAUCCAUGCCACCUUUUAUAUGUGAAAUUGACGAUCGUCAUUACUUCAAAGGCGACGAAAUGCAGGAGAUUUUAAUUUGAUGAAAUAUAUUUUUAAGACUCAAUUUUCGUCGCAUACAAACAUGAAACUAAGGCUGUUGUGAACACAAACACUAAAAGAAAACAAAAAAAAAUUACCGUCAACGGAAACAACAAUAUUAAAAAGUAGCAAAAAGAAGAUGUAGAAGAAGUGGGAUGGUGCAGGGCUAGAAAGAGGCAUGCAAACCUCAAGAGACAGUCCACCCAAAGAGAACCUCUUUGUAAAGUUAAUAAAAAACGAGAAGAAACCCACUUGCCUGAUUUGUUCUAGGAUUUGAGUUCUUUGUUUACGAUUUUGUGUUGCCAAUUUUUAACUGACAUGUCAUGUUAAUUUGCUUUAAAAACAUAAAGAAAGAAAGAAAAAAAACCUGCAGCUACUUACACGACUGGUCAUCCUAUUUUCUAUUUCUUUUAAUUCCUUGGUCAAUCUUUAUUUAAAGAAUGUAGAAACUAUCAAUGGCUCAACGACGCAACAAGAGCACAGGGAAACAAUAGGGCGCCUUUCAGAUGUGAUAAUGUACUAAAAACCAAAUGGUACAGAUUAACAGGAAGAUCAGGAAACCAGAUGCCCACCUCAUGUGUCCCACGUAACCGCUGUGGAACCCAUGCACCAGGUUGGCUUUCAGGACGUCAUCCUUCCGCUGGUCAAAUCAGCACUGUCAAAGUUUGUUUUCACUGGUAUAGGAUGGUCGGUCGUAGUAGGCGUGAUGAUUGCUGCCGCUGGCAGACUUUUAUCCGUGUCCGCAACUGUGGUGGAUUCUUCGUCUACGAAUUCAAGAAGCCACCAGCUUGCCAUUUGCGUUACUGUGGAAAUUCAGGUUAGGAAUAAAGGAUAAAAUAAUGGAUUACAUAAAAAGAUUAUUAAUUGAAAGCUUUAAAAUUGUUUGUUUGUUUUCUUGCCUUCAGUUUAUUCUAGGUUCUUAUGUUCAGGGAGGGGUUUUUCCUACAUUUCUAUAAUUUAACGCUUAACAGGAGGUUCAAACGCUUGGGAGAAAUCACUUGAACUACAACUUUAAGUUGAAUGAUCAAACAUAUGAGACAAAAAAAGGUGGUAUAAAUAACCUAAAUUUUAACGUAUGAAGCUCAGCCCAGUGACACCUUUUAUUUUAACGCCAGAUUUUAGCAGUUCUGGCGGUUUUCCACCUGACCCCUUGAGAAUUAGAUUCCACAAAAGCUCAUCUUAACACAUAUUUUUUCUUACUUGUUUUUUUCUUUUACAGCUGCCGCACCGCUCCCACCACCAGGUAAUACUUUCACACUAAUUAACGAUAUCAGUUAAACAAAUAAAUAAAUUAAUUAAUUGAUUAAUUAUAACCGACUUAGAAGAAGCACAUUUACAUAGUGUUUCUUUGUCAACCUGAUUCUUGGUGGAAUUAGAAUUUGGAAAUGUUGGGUUUAGGGGAGAGGGGAAAACCUUAGCACCCGGAGAAAAACCUCUUGGAACAAGGGAGAGAACCAACAAUAAACUCAGCCCACGUAUGGCGUCGACGCCUGGAUUUAGUCCCAAGCCACACGUCACAGGGUGGGAGGCAUGCAAGUGCUCUUAACACUUCGCCAUCCCUGUUCACCGAACAAGGGGAAUGAAUAUGCUCUAUAGACGACUUUUCUUCCCUUUAUUUUAUACUAAAAAAAUAGUUUCUUUAUGUUUGCAGAGAUCCAUGCCACUUUUUAUAUGUGAAAUUGACGAUCGUCAUUACUUCAAAAGCGACGAAAUGCAGGAGAUUUUAAUUUGAUGAAAUAUAUUUUUAAGACUCAAUUUUUGUCGCAUACAAUCAUGAAACUAAGGCUGUUGUCAACACAAAAACUAAAAAAAAGUUACCAUCAACGGAAACAAGAAUGUUAAAAAGUAGCAAAAAUAAGAUGUAGAAGAGAUGCGAUAGUGCAGGACUAGAAAGAAGCAUGCGAACCUCAAGAGACAGUCCACCCAAAGAGAACCUCUCUGUAAAGUUAAUAAAAAACAAGAAGAAACCCACUUGCCUGAUUUGUUCUAGAAUUUGAGCUCUUUGUUUACCAUUUUUUGUUGCCAAUUUUUAACUGACAUGUCGUGUUAAUUUGGUUUAAAAACAUAAAGAAAGAAAGAUAAAAACACUGCAGCAGCUACUUACACGACUGGUCAUCCUAUUUCUAUUUUAAUUAAUUCCUUAGUCAAUCUUUAUUUAAAGAAUGUAGAAACUAUCAAUGGCUCAACGACGCAACAAGAGCACAGGGAUACAACAGGGCGCCUUUCAGAUGUGACAAUGUACUAAAAACCAAAUGGUACAGAUUAACAGGAAGAUCAGGAAACCAGAUGCCCACCUCAUGUGUCCCACGUAACCGCUGUGGAACCCAUGCACCAGGUUGGCUUUCAGGACGUCAUCCUUCCGCUGGUCAAAUCAGCACUGUCAAAGUUUGUUUUCACUGGUAUAGGAUGGUCGGUCGUAGUAGGCGUGAUGAUUGCUGCCGCUGGCAGACUUUUAUCCGUGUCCGCAACUGUGGUGGAUUCUUCGUCUACGAAUUCAAGAGGCCACCAGCUUGCCAUUUGCGUUACUGUGGAAAGUGA